UCGAACUCGUUCCAGGGAAUGAUAUAAUGGUUGAUUUGUCCCGGAAUAGAAACCCGGACAUUCUUCAGUGGGGAUUUUCCGAAAUGGGCGGGUGCUACGGGCCAGGGGCGGCCGUGCCCGGGGUACCGGGGGGGCAGGGGGGGCCUACCGUGGUAGCCGCCAUGUUAGGGGGCUCUCCGCCCGGCCGCAACACCGCCCGCCCCCCGUGGCCCCCCAUUGAGCUGCCCCACCCUCCCCCAGCCCAUCAGGCCACCGAUGGUUUUGGCCGUUACGGGGUGUAUUCGCUGUUCCCGGGGGAUGUGUACGCCGCCCCCCGGUACCCCGCCCCCGCCGCCGCCGCACCUGGGCCCGCCCCCGCCCAGUACCACGGCCUGCUACCGCCCCCGCACAAAGAAUGCGUGUUCUCCGCCUACACCGCGGGCCCAGGCUCCCCCUACUCCGCCCCUGUGGUGGAGCGCGGCAUAAGCCAACUCCAGGAGCUGAUGGCCAAAGGGAUGGAAAAGAAGAGGCUCCUGGAGCCUGCCCCGGCGCCCGAGAGGCGACCCAAGCGGCGCUCCUGGGAGACCGCCCCGGAGGUGAAACAGGAGGGCGGCAGUCGCUCCAGCUGUGCCUGCAGGGCCAAGACACCUACCGUGUCUCCAGGGUGUUCCCGAACAACGCCGGUCAGCCUGAAGGCGGCGCCACCUCCUCAAGUCAAGAGGGAACCGCCACCUACUCCUUGUCAGGUCGCGGAGGUCACCACCUCCGCCGUCAAGGUCAAACAGGAAAUCCCCGAUCCGUCCCCUGUCAAUACUCCUGCUAUCCCGGUGGGAGCGGUGCAAGGAGGGAUCCCCGUGGGGAUAGCCGUGGCUCGGCAGAGGUCCCAAGAGAUCAGGGUGAAGGAGGAUCCCGUCAUGCCGCCUCUAGCAUUGUUGGCGUGCGACCGGUCGACCAAUGAGAGCCACGCGUCGCUGUGGGCCACGCCCCCCACCCUCCCACUGGCCCCGCCCCCUCACUACUGGCCCGCAGCUCCGAUAGAGCAAAACCUACCACUUCAACCUCCCGUGGGAUACCAACUCGCCAGAGAUCCCGUGUCUGGACAGCUCCUACUUAUUUCAACUCCUACUGGAGCUAAUAUAGCGGAUUCUCUGCAACGCACCAUCGUCUGGCCAAACAGCCCUGCCAGUUUUCCUGCUCCUCCGUUGCUGUUGCCACAAGCUUCCCCGAUGACUGGGCACUUGCUGUUGGACAGGCUGGUCACUCUGGCCACUCCCACACCUCCGCCACCCCCGCUCGACAAGCGGAGACCUGCCCAUGGUCUACUCAAACUGGAGGAUCCUUCCAUCACAGGUGUGAUGCCCUGCGCGAAGUCUAGUGUGGUGAUCCAGCAACUGUCCACCCACUCUGGAUCUGCACCACUACUCAACCCGCAGUUCUCGGCCAUCAGCUCCGGUUCUGUAUUGAUCCAGCACAUUUCCGGGUCGAACUCCGUCCAACCAGCCAUCAUCCCGCAGCAGAACACCGGCUCGGUGCUGAUAAGUGCACAGCAGCUGACGACAGAGGCGCAAUCGCUGAUAAAUGGCCAACCACUGGCCAACAGCCCCUCUGUAGUGAUCAGUCAUCACUCGCAGCAGGACUCGGCUGCUGUCAUCAGCCCUGCAGUGAUUGGUCAGUUGUCAUCAGCAGCGGAACUACUUCAGCAGCCUCUUCCACUCGUCAUCGGAGAUCCGUUCGUACCGCGGCCUGAACAGAUACACCUCCAAAUCAAGGAAUCACCAAAGGAAGAAAUACAAGAGAUUCCGGAACCCAUUGAACCUCAAGUGGAGGAGAAAAUUGAACCCCUAAAUUGCUGCCGAUCACAGGCGACGUCCCCAGUGCCAUGUCUCAGCCCUGUUGUGGGGGGUGACUGUCCCAGCCAAUCACAGUCUGAAGAUGAGGCCCCGCCUCCCGCCGUGCAGCAGGCAGAUGCCAGCAACCAGACGGACAGCCUGCCUCCUAGUAGUGAUGAGGAGACAGGAGAGCCCGAGGAGGCAGAGAAAACAGAGACAGUGGAUCUCAGUGGGCUGGAGUUGUUGAGUGCCGCCAGUAUCGAGAGGUCUCACAGUGCACCCCUAAUUGAGCCUCCGAAGAUCAAAACAGAAUUGGAAGAAGAGACAGAGGAACAGGCUCCAAUAGCAACGGUACUAGAAACACCAGUGACUGACGUGGUGAUCAAGGAAGAGCUGAUGUCGAUGGAAGAAGAGAAAUCAGAAGAGUCUCACACCGUCACGGAAAAUGUCGAGCCACAGAUUGUAAUGAAACCAUUGGAAGAAAGUAACACUGAAGAGCCGCAAGUAGUGAAGACGACUGAGGCGACUGAGAGGACAGAGCCUAGUAUCAUGGGAGGACUAGGUUUACUGUGUGAUGUGGCUCAUCGAUUCAUCGAAGAAGAAGCAGCCGCCUCGAGACCCCAUUCACCCGUUGAUGAUCAUGAUAAUAAGUCUACAGGGUGGGCGGAGACAGAUGAGUUGGAUGACUACAAGUCACCAGAUCGAGAAAGUGGGACGGGGUGUCAUCGCAGGGUGGCAACAAUCUAUCGCCCACAGAGCCCAUGUGAUCCGGCUGAAUUAGAUAUGCGAGAGAGGUUGGCUGAAUUACAGCGGCUCUACAGGGAGAAACAGCGGGAGCUUAGUCGGCUUACACCACGGAAAAGUAUCUCUAGUGACACCAGCAGUAGCAGUUCCGAUCAGUGUGUCACAGGUGGGGCCAAACGGGGACCUGGCAGGCCGAGGAAGGAGAAGAAGUCAGAGGUUCCGAGGGUCGAGACGGAAGUACAACGCGGGAUCAAGCGACCUCGCUCUCCUUCUCCCCUUUCACCUGAAUUGCCCCCACCAGUGCUACAACCCUGGGGGGCAGCCGACAGUGGUAAAGGAGCCCCUCACAGUGAAGGACUGCCCCCUCCCACACUCACACCACACAAGGCAGGAGCUGCUGUCAAUAAACCUCCAGAGACAGAGCAGCAACAGGUGGAGUGGGGUCUGAUGUCACCAGGCAAGUCGCCCCCACCACUCUCUCCUGCCCAGUCGCCCAGCUCCGCCAGUCAAAAACGCAAGGUGGGGCGUCCGAAGAAGCGGGUAGACCACGGAUCCAUGACCAUCGUGGCCAAAAAACCCCGCUCUAAAAGCAGUCUUGUUGGACUUUUACUGGCCAAGAAACCCCUGCCAGAGACACAGCAGACGAACAAGAUAAAACCCAAACUUAAGGCAGAAGUAAAGGUGAAAUCUUGGUGCGAAGAUGAGGAGAUGGAGUGGACAUCGCAGCCACCACGGCGCCAUUCUGUGCCCUCCCCUUCUCUUCCUUCCAUUCCCUCCUCCACAUCUCCUGCCAGACCCACAAAGAGUAAGAGCCUUCCCACGCCCACACCCCCACCUCCCCCCUUAGCCCAUUCCACUCCUAAGUCGAGCAAGAAACCUAUCAUGGUACUGGCCAAAAAGCGACGAACCAAUAGCAUGGAGCAGACACCACAAAAAGCAUCCCCUCAGCCACUGCAUGUGCGAGGGGUUGGCAGUUGUCAGCUGACCAGUGAUCAUUUGUUACCUGCUGCGUUACCAUGCAGAGUCCUGGUCAGUAUGGGUGGAUUAUUCUACGCAGGCCAGUUGUCAGCCGUGCGACCUCCUGACCUCUAUGGAGUUACUCUCGAUGGAGAAAGAGGCCACCGCCCACAUAUACACUCUAGAGAGGAAAUCCUCAGAGACUCGUUUCUCGAGGUAUGUACCAAGACAGUGCCACCAGCUGGUACCAGGGUCUGUGCCUACUGGUCACAGCAGUACCGGUGUCUGUACCCGGGUACAGUCCCUAUGCCAGCCACUGAUGACAAUGACAAUAGAUUUGUUUGUGUUGAAUUUGAUGAUGGAGACAGUGGUCGAAUAAAUAUAGACGACAUCCGACUCCUCCCUCAGGACUAUCCUGUUGUUGUAUAUGACCCCAACCCUUUACAAUCAUUAGGGAAGCGCAGGAGGCGCAACUCAGGAGCAAGCUGUGAUAGUCAGACAAAGGACAAACCCAUACAGCCUUUGGAAACAAUUGUGGAACCAGAAGUUGAAGCAGAUCCGGAACCAGAACCCGAUCAAGAGCCUGAACCAGAACCGGCAGUACCGAUCCAAGACGCACAGCCAAUGUCUGAAGCUCCAACACCAAUAUCUGUGUCUCUACAAAUUGAGCCAGUGACUGAUGUAGAUCCUGCAGUUCUCAGUGCCGAGGCAGCAGAGAGAGAACGAAGGAGACAGAAGAAGAAACGUAAGGAAAAACUACGACGUAUGGAUAAUGAGAAAAAGCACAGGCACAAACAUAGGGACUGCCUGAAGUCCCAUAGACAUAAACACAAGCACCGGCAUCACAGGCAUAAGCACAGGCACUCCAAGAGUACCGCUAUGCUUGUGGAAAACAGCCAUGUGGAGGAGAAAACUCCGUUGACGUUGGUUGUCCACACAAAACCUUCUUCCACAACGUCUGCGGGUCUUCCCAUUCUAUCCACUAUUAAACUGAAGAAGGAUAAAGACAAGAAAAAGAUGCGGUCACGCGAAAGGCAGGGUAGUGUAGAGUCACGAAGCAAGAUGGCUGCCUUUCUUCCUGCACGGCAACUUUGGCGGUGGGCCGGCAAGGGCUACAAGCGACCGGGAGCCAAGGGCCGUGCUCGCAAAGACUUCUACAAGUCCAUCCAGCGAGGAAAUGAGACAAUAUCGGUCGGAGACUGUGCAGUGUUUCUGUCCACGGGUCGACCGGACAGGCCUUACAUCGGCCGAAUAGAAUCUAUGUGGGAGUCAUGGGCCGCCAGCAUGGUAGUGAAAGUCAAGUGGUUUUACCAUCCUGAGGAAACAGUUGGUUGUCCUGAAAAGCUUCCAUACCCUGGAGCACUGUUUGAGUCACCCCACAAUGAUGAGAACGAUGUGCAGACCAUCUCACACAAAUGUGAGGUGUUGCCAUUGGAAACAUACAAGUACCGGUUAAGCCUGGAGCCACACAGGCUGGCCACUAUAUAUGACUAUAAUGACAUAUACUACUUGGCUGGCCACUACGACCCCACGACCACCUCCCUCCGGUUCGAACCCGGUGUCACAGAUCAGUGCAAUACCACCUGUACAUAGAUAUAUCUGUACUUGACAAAAUAGAAAGCGGUCAGUGUUAGGGGAAGUGGACAGAAAACUUGAAAAGUUUCUAUGUCCACUGUGGAAAAUUAGUUUGUGAUCAGUAUUAGUUGUGAUUUCUAUCUGCUGUUUUGAAAACGUAACUGUUAAACAGUGCUCUUUGAAAAGCUAUUGAAUAGGAUUAUGAUUAAUAACAAAAACAAGAUAAAAUCAAAGGUGAGUUAGAGGGCAAAAACACAGGUGAGGGAGAAGGAAACAACAAAUAUAAAAUUAAUAGUGUCUUUAAAUAUAAAUCUAAUAUGUUUUUAUUAUUUUCCUAUUUUGUUGAUUUGAGAUAGUAAUUUUUCUUCUCCAGUUAUUUCUCUUUUUAAAGACACUUAAUUUUUUCUGAAAUUAAGUUCUAUUGGAAUACUUCACUAUUCUAUGUUCUAUUUUCACUUCUAUAUAGAUUAAUGAACUUCAUUUUAAUAUUCGUACUAUUUUAUUGUUUGUUUGUCCUUUAAAAUUGUCUUCUCCUCCAACUCUUAAAUUUUUUCAUACUUUACUAUUCAAGAGAUUGAAUUAUACUGAGGAUUAAAAAUUUAUGUCUAAAUAUAUUAAUUAAAAUCCACUUUGUCGUUUCCUAUCUCCUUGCCCUUUAAUCCACCCUUCAAGUAUAACUUCUAAAUACCAUAAUCUUCCUUCCUCUUCCCCGUUUUCCAGAUCUCGGUCUGGUUAUGCCGGAAAGGGAAUUAUGAUUGAUUUGAUCUCAACCAGCCAAUGUAUAUACUGUAUUGAAAUUAAAAGUACUUUUUAAAAAUUUCAUUAUAGUUUAUACUUUAUAUUUUCAAUACUGUAUUGAAAUUCAUAAAAAAUAAUUUUAAUUUCAAGUAAUAUAAAUAUGUUACCCUCUGAAUUCCUUAGUACUGGCCGCUUUAUAUAUAUUUAUAUACAUAUGUAAAUAGUUUUAAGUCUUCCUCCUUACAUAUAUAGAGUUAUAUAUUUUUAGCUUCUUGUUUUAUUUUCUCUGUCCGAUUUUUAACUUUAUCACCCCUCCCUCCCCCCUUUUCUUGUGAAAAGUUGUGAUGUGGCUGUGAUUUCUUAACUGUUUGUUUUCCCCAACACGGGAAAACAGUGGAUCGAUUUUUUCCACAAGCUUUACACUGGAAAAACAAUUUAUUGAAAAGUGUUAUUUUUUGGAAAGAAAAUAUUUUUAUCUGUAAAAUAAUGUCUCAUUGUGUAGGGAUAAAAGAACGUUAUUUUAAUAACGUGGCGCAAUUUUUCACAAGUGUUUUCUUUAUUCCACCGACAUAUAAUGUAGCAAAGACAAAUAUCCAUCACAAAACUCUUCUAAUAUCACAGCUGUUCUUAUUCCAUAGUAGAUAUCGAAGUACCUGUUCUCAUUGUAGUUGUUCUGUUGUCUGUUCACUCUUGUAUUUUAUGUGAUGUUAUAAAUAUGUUUUCUUGUAUACGAGUUAAGGUGUUUAGUAUUAAGCUGUACUUGCGCUUCUGGAUAGGGAAACUGUAAGACAUUGGAUUAGGAGCGUCACAGUGACUUAAAGAGUGCCUCUUGGUUUUUCUUUCGUUAUUUGAUAUUUUUGUACGCAAGCUGAGUAUUUUUCAUGAUCUGAGUGAGUGAAAGAAGAGAGAGAGAGCGAGAGAGAGAAAGACAGGUUAACUUGUGUGUUUAAUAUAUUGGAAGUUAACAAAUUUCCAGUGUAAGUAAGGUUUAUAAUUUUCAUUAUGAUGUGGAAAAUGGAAUUAAUUCUUUGGUUAUUAUUUAUAUAUUUGAGUGCCAUAUAGUCAGAGAUGAGAGAAUCAAAUUGUUAGUAGGGGAAAGAGGUGAAACCUUAUUUUAAUCUAUAACACGUUAAUUUUUAGUCCUUUUUUUUGUAAUGGAGGUUUUUCACCAAUGUACAAAUAUUAAAAUUUUAAUUUUUUAAUACAAUAGUGAAAAAGUAUUAGAACCUUAGCUGUAUUUCUUACAAUAAUAUUUUUUAGGAGUUCAACACAAAUACUGCUAAGGUUAUAAUAUUAUUUCACUAUUGUAUUACAAAAUAAAAUUUUUUAUAGUUGCACAUUGGUGAAAAACCCUAUUUGUAAAAAUUGAUUGAAAGCCUAUUGAAUAUAAAUAUUAAGGUUUAAAUUUAUGAUUUUUGUUGAUGUUUAAAGUGCAAUAAUGGUGUAUGCUGUGAGUAGGUCGGUUGUUUGUGUAAAGAUACAGUUUUGUGAUAUGCAGGUAAUAUAUUGUACAUCUAUUUUAGUAUAUGUUAUAUUAUAGUGUUUCGGCUUUGUACAUUACAUCUGUUAGCAGCUCAUUCUUUAAUUUAGACAAAGAGAGUACCAUUAAAGAUUUGUAUAUUGUCCAAGAGUUUGUUAAACACAUUGAAAGUAUUUAUUAAUUUAGUAAGUUAUUUAAUUAUAAAAAUAGUCUGAAAUAUAAUUUUGCCAUAAUUGGCUUUUUAUAGAAAGGUUGGGUCUAUUUAACUUUAGAUUUACAUUUUCAUAAAAUUUGUACUAGACUUGAAUUUUUAGUUAAAAAGCAUUUCGUGCAACAGUAGCACCAAAUGCACGCAAAAUCUUGGACAAUUUCUUGUCAAAUCAAAAUAAGUGUAUUUUUUAAAAAGUUUCUGACCAAUAGCAUACUUGUAGUAUAACCUCGAAUAACUUAAGAUUCAAAUUUCUGUUAGGCUAGUCCAUUGUAUACAGAUACUUAUUUUUAACAGUAAAUUGCGCCCAUUCUCCAUUGCUUCUCAGUGUUAGUUUAAUUAGGCUGUCGUCAUGACGACACAGCACAUUUUCUUCUAUAUGGAAAUACGCUUAUAUUAAUAUGUAAAUUAAGUAAAAUGAUUAAGACGGCAAGAUGUUGCUUGCCAAACAGAAGAGGGCGACAAGAAUAUUUUUCCACAUGACGCAUUAUUUAAUCUAAAGUUUGUGAAAAUAAUUGUAGAGUGGAAAAUAUUUUUGUUUCAAAAGAAUUAAAUCAAAAGGUGCUAUUCAA